UUUCAAAACAGGAAGUAGAGCGAGCUGUGCCUCGUUCUUCCUCAGUUCUUCUGAAGCUCUUUCUUUAGAAACAUCAGGAAACAGGGGUCUGUGAAGAAGCUGCUGCCACUGUGAGGGUCCCAGGAUUCGCUUCUUUGGCUACGCUUAACAUUCUCCUGACACUUGACCAACAUGGAUUUCAGUAAAUGUCUGUAUAAUAUUGGGGAACAGCUGGGCAGUGACGAGCUGGCCUCCCUCAAAUUCCUGAGCCUGGACUACAUCCCACAAAAGAAGCAAGAACCCAUCAAAGAUGCCUUGAUGUUAUUCCAGAGACUCCAGGAAAAGAGAAUGUUGGAGGAAAGCAACCUGUCCUUCUUGAAGGAGCUGCUUUUCCGAAUUAAUAGACUGGACCUGCUGUUCAACUACCUGAACACCAGCAAGGAAGCGAUGGAGCAGGAGCUUCAGAUACCAGGCAGAGCCCAGAUCCCUCCCUACAGGGUCAUGCUUUUUCAGAUUUCAGAAGAUGUAAACAAAUUGGAAUUGAGGUCGUUUAAGUUUCUUUUGAGCCAGGAGAUCUCCAGAUGUAAAGUGGAUGAUGAUAUGAACUUGCUUGAUAUUUUCAUAGAGAUGGAAAAGAGGGUCAUCCUAGGGGAAAGAAAUUUGGACACUCUGAAAAGAAUCUGUGACCAAAUCAACAAGAGCCUGCUGAAGAAAAUCACUGAUUAUGAAGAAUUAAGCAGAGAGGGAAGAAUGAGCCUUCAAAGAAGUACAGAUGAAUUGUCAAAUGGGGAGGAAUCCCUGGCAAUGAUGGCAUUAUCGGACUCUCUAGAAGAACAGGACAGUGAGUCACAGACAUCGGACAAAGUUUACCGAAUGAAAAGCAAACCUCGCGGAUAUUGUUUGAUCUUUAACAAUUAUGAUUUUAGCAGAGCACGGAAGGAUGUGCCCAAACUUCAGAACAUUAAGGAUAGGAAUGGAACAAACUUCGAUGCAGAAGCUUUGAGUAAGACCUUUAGUGAGCUUCAUUUUGAGAUUGUGAAUUUCAAAGACUCUACAGCAAAGACAAUCUGUGAAGUUCUGAAAUCCUACCAAAGAAUGGACCAUAAUAACAAAGAUUGCUUCAUCUGCUGUAUCCUCUCCCAUGGAGACAAAGGCAUUAUUUAUGGCUCUGAUGGGCAGGAAGCCCCCAUCUAUGAGCUGACUUCUUACUUCACUGGUUCAAAGUGCCCUUCCCUUGCAGGCAAGCCCAAAAUCUUUUUUAUUCAGGCUUGUCAAGGGGAUAACUACCAGAGAGGUAUAGCUGUUGAGACUGACUCCGAACAGAAGGAAGACUACUUAGAAAUGGACUCAUCAUUUCAGAAGAGAUAUAUCCCAGAUGAGGCUGAUUUUCUGCUGGGGAUGGCCACUGUGAACAACUGUGUUUCCUACCGAAACCCUACGGAGGGGACCUGGUAUAUCCAGUCACUUUGCCAGAGCCUAAGAGAAAGAUGUCCUAGGGGCGAAGAUAUCCUCACCAUCCUUACUGAGGUGAACUUUGAAGUGAGCAAUAAGGAUGACAAGAAAAACAUGGGGAAACAAAUGCCACAACCUACUUUCACACUGAGGAAAAAACUCUUCUUCCCUCUUAAUUGAUGCUGUUUAGUUGCAUAACACUAUGCUUAAUUUAUUUGUUAGUAAAAUGCUGCUAUCAGCUUAUUUUUUUUCUUUUGGAUGGCAGGAAGGGGAGAGAAUGGAAGUCAGGAAAACUUAAUUCCUAUGCAAAUUCAAGCCUAAACCUCUGGCUUUGCAAUAAUAACUAUUGGAGAUUGAUAGCCACAGGCAUGGUUUUAAUUUUAUUUUUGAUUCAAUGAAAAAGUUCCUAAAAAACUUACAGUAGAUAAAAAAUACAAUAAGUAUAAAUGAAAUGUAACAUCAUAAAGUUCAAAAGCAGUGGCAGAAUGUUCUUUGUACAUCUCUCAUCUGCUUUCAACCUAGAAUCAUUUUUCUAAAUGUUUGUGAGAGACACAGAGCAUGAGUGUGGGGGUGGGGGUGGGCAGAGAGAGAGACACACACACAGAAUCUGAAGCAGGCUCCAGGCUCUGAGCUGUCAGCCCAGAGCCCCACACAGGGCUUGAACUCAUGAACUGUGAGGUGAUGACCUGGGCCAAAGUUGGGCGCUUAGCCAGCAGAGCCACCCAGGUGCCUCUCAACCUAGAGUCAUUUGAUUCCCUUCAAAUUGUUAAGCAUUAAAUAAAUAAAAAAUAAAAUAAAAUAAAAAGGAUGUUAUUCCAAAGCUUUAACCUGGGACACAGAGUUAAUGGUGGUGCAGAGAUUUCAUAAGGCAUAAGAAGACUGGAAGUGGAGAAAGCAAUUUCCCACUUGAGGACUCAGAAUUAAGUGAAUGUUGUUCAAGUAUUGGGAGAGGAUGUCAAGAAAACCAUAAUUCUCCUCCUUUCUGUGAAAGAACUAAUUCCUCAUUCUUGGUUCCUAUGAGAAUUUGUCAGGCUUACAUUCCUGCUAACUGGAUGUGAUUCUAUGGGGCAGAAUGUGAGGUACAACUGUAAAAGGUGUUGUUAAAAAGGAGACAGUAGGCCCCAAAUGGAGUCCCUUAUGCUAAACUCCAUGUCAGCAAAUUAAGACUUAAUACCUAACCAAAAUGCAAUUCCCCAGGAAUAUAAUCUUUAGUCAAUCAACAUGGAAUCACCUGGUUAGCACUGGUGAAAUAAUCCUCCUGAUUAACUCUUUCCCUUCCCCUUAGGAGAGUGACCUAAUUCAAUUUGAUCUUUAAAUUUACUCAGUUGAAUUUCUGUUGUUUAACACUAUGCAGGGGGAUGCCAGUGACCUCCUCUCAAAGGUCACUGAGGGAGAUUUUGUGAUCUGACCUAGCUAAGAAAACAAACAAACAAACAAAAACCUACCUCAUGUGUAAUGCUCCCACAUCCAACCUGAGCUCUUCUGGCAUGUGUGCUGGGCAAUCUCAGAAACAUGUGAGCCUCCUCUCCUGAG